AUGGAUGGAAGGGAGCUGUGGUACAAGAACAAAAAAGUAUAUGAAGAUGCGCGUCCCCACAUUCUAUUAUCAUCCACGGCUUAUUUUUGGAGGUGGAUACGUGAAAAUUGCCACAGGGCACAAAAUGUGGGUUACAAGUAUCCUUCUCCAAACAGGCCAUUUCCAGAAAAUUUUUCUACUCAACUGCCAAGUACUACACCACAACCAUUUCCACCUCAAGCAACAACCCCCCGCUACUCAUCCGAUCAAUUCAGCAGACCUCCGUCAUCCGGAUACACAGAUGGGCCUGUUGGGGGACAACCCCAAAGACCUGGGGCAACCCAACAAGGUCUAGGAUACCCGCCAGCUGGCCCACCCCAAGGCCCAACAUUUACUGUCCCGCCACGUUCCGGUGACUCCCAAAGUGCCGGAAGACCUGCUUAUCAAACGCCAGGAGGUGGUACCCAGCAAGCGGGUGGUUAUCCCUCUGGAAGACCUGGUUUUCAAACACCAGAAGGAACAGGUGGUAUUCAGCAAGCAGGUAAAUAUCCCUCUAGAAGACCUGGUUAUCAAACAUCAGGAGGAAAGGGUAGUACCCAGCAAGUAGGUGGAUUUCCAUCUGGAAGGCCUGGUUUCCAAACUACAGAAGUAACAGGUGGUGCUCAACAGCCUGGAGGAUAUCCCUCCGGAAGACCUGGGUAUCAAACUCCAGAAGGAACAGGUGGUACCCAGCAAGCGAACGUAUAUCCCACUAAAGGACCUGGUUAUCUAGCGCCUGGAGAAACCAGCACACAAGCAGGUGGUAUACAGCAACCUGGGGGUUAUCCCUCUAGAAGACCUGGUCAUCAAACACCAGAAAGAAUGGGUAGUACUCAGCAAGUAGGCGGAUUCCUCUCUGAAAGACCUGGUUUUCAAGCUACAGGAGGAACAGGUGGUGCUCAACACCCUGGAGGUUAUUCCUCCAGAAAACUCGGUUAUCAAGCUCCAGGGGAAAUAGGAAGUACAGAGCAACCUUCUGGAAGGCCUGUUUUUCAAGCCCAAGAAGGAGUAGGGGGAUAUCCUUCUAACAGACCUGGUUUUAAAGCUCUAGGAGAAACAGGUAGGACACAGCAACCUGGAGGAUAUCCUACCAGCAGUCCUGACUAUCAAGGCCCAGAAAGAUCAGGUAGUGCACAGCAACCUGAAAGACCUAGUUAUCAAGCCCCUGGGGGAAUACGUGGUACUCAGCAACCUGGAGGAUAUCUAUCUGACAGACCUGGUUAUCAAGCUCCAGGGGGAACAGGUAGCACACAAAAACCUGUAGGAUAUCCUUCUGGCAGACCUGGUUUUCAACCCCCCGGAGGAACAGAUAGGACACAGCAAUCUGGAGAUUAUCCAUCAGGAAGAUCUGAUUUUCAAACCCCAGGAGGAACAGGUAGGACACAUCAACCUGGAGGUUAUCCCUCUGGAAGACCUGGUUAUCAAGUCCCAGAAAUAAUAGGUACUACACAGCAAGCUGGGAGAUAUCCUUUUGGCAGGCCUGGUUUUCAGGCCCCACAAGGUACUGCAGUAACUCCAGGGGGUACUGUAGAAACAACCCAACCAGGAGGGUUUUUCACACGUGGUCAAGAAUUUGGAGUUACAACACCAAUCACCAAAGCUGAAGGAUACCCGUCACAAGAUGCAGGACAAACUGCAUAUACAUCACAAGAACUGGGUGGUCAAGGAACAACUCCUCAGGGAAGUUUGCCGUCAACCCUAAAUGGCUUUCCAGAAAGACCUCAGUAUCCUCAGGGACAACUCCAAGGUGGUACUGUUGAUGAUGGACAAUACUCACCAGGUUUAACCGAGGGAGGCGAUUUAUCAGCGAUACCUGGAGAACCAGACAUUGAUUAUCCUGUAUACAGCGAAAUACCUCAAACAUCUUUUAUUUGCGACCAACAACAAUAUCCUGGUUAUUAUGCCGACGUGGAUACGAGGUGCCAGAUUUUUCACGUAUGCGCUAAUAAUAAAACAUACGAUUUUAUCUGUCCAAAUGGUACUAUAUUCCACCAAGAGUACCUGGUUUGCGUUUGGUGGAACCAAUUUGAUUGUAACUCUGCACCUUCGUUAUAUGAAAUCAAUGCAAAUAUUUACGAUUAUUCAAUAAUUGGAUCUCAACAAAAGCCAUUUGAAGGAUCUGGGGCACCUGGGGUAGGACCAAUGGGAUUUGGUAAAGCGAUCGGUCAAAAAGAUCAGACUGGAGUUACGGGAUUACCAGGAACUAGUGGAGAUGGCAAAAGCAGUGGUUAUUCUGGCAGACCUGGCGAAGCAACUGGAUAUACAGGUCAAACAGGUUAUGAGACAAGUGGACAGCCUGAUAGAACACAAACAUCUGGCAGGCCCAGUACCCAACAACCAGGCCAUGGAACCAGUCCCACAAUUGGCACAACAGGCUACCCCUCGGGAAGACCAACUAACACACAACUACCUCAAUAUUCUGGAACAGAAACGACGGCUUAUCCAGGAGCUGGUUCUACCGGAUACUUUUCAAGACAACCCGGAGUAGGUUUUCCUAGUACCCAACAAUCUGAAUAUACUGGUGGUGGUACCAAGGCAACGCCAGGAUAUCAAGAUAAAGAAGUUUCGGGGUAUCCUUCAGGUAGACCCAUUCCAACACUGGAUAGACCUGGAUACCAAGGCGAAAAGCAGUCUGCAGCUUAUCCUAUUGGAGAAAAAAAAUAUUCUGGAGGCCAUGCAGAAAGACCUCAAGUUGGUUUCACUCAAAAGCCGUCUAGAGAUUAUUUACCGCCCAUCGGUAAAUAA